AUGGUGGAGGAGACGCCGGCCGGUGUUUGCACUCAGCAUCCAUCCAUCAUCACGGACCCCUCCCUAAAAACGUGCCCGCUCCCCUCGUCAUUGACGCGCCUGGGUCUUCACGCUGUAGCAAUGAUCCACGGGAUGUCUGUGGCUGGGGCGCCAGACUCACUAUGCUGUCUCCUCCUGCAGGGCUCCUACUCUCUUCCCAAGUCGGACUUCUCGGUCCCGGAGUUGGAGCUUCCGUACUGGCUCACCAACGGACACUACCGCGCUGAGGGAGUGUUGGGGAAACAGGGCUCUGAGCUGGGCUGCCUCAAGGUGGCGCUGUCCCUACGCUCCGGCUGA